AUGCUGGAAACGGCGCAUGCAGAUAUCGCAGAAGUCUGGGUAGAGCGGCGUGUUGAAGUUCACUUGACAGCGACCGGCAGUUCAGUGGAACGUGACGGGUAUUUGUUGCCAAAGAAUCCAUGUUUCCCCAGGCCUUUCAGGGUAUGGGCUCAGUGCAAACGGAGGUGGCCGUGUGAAACAUAUUUCGUACUAAUCGACGAGGAAUAUGACCGGCUUGUUGAACACCUUCACGACUGCGCGAAGAAGGCUGAGAGUUUUAAAACCACCAAGAGACGAUUGUCUCUUGAAACUCUUGAGCUGAUACGCCAGCGUAGAGCAGCACAAGCUACAGGAAACCAAGAACUGACGUCCGAGCUCGCAAGGCUUUGCAGAGAGGCGAUAAAGGAAGACCUUAAAGAGAAAAGAGCAGAAGUGCUGGCUGAAGCUGCAGAGGAGGGAAAAAAGCAUCCGCUAUGCCCGUCAAGACUUCGCCAACCGCAAGAGGAGGACGACUGCUCUCCGGAACCCAAAGGGAACAGCCAUUGCAUCGAGAAGGGGGAUGGAGAAAAUCAUCUACGACUUCAACUGUGA